AUGUCGGUAUCGUCGAUUUUGCUUCUGGCACUGUGCGUUCCUCUGGUGCUGUGCGCUAACAAUCACGGUCACCAUAACCAUCAUGUUGACUACACUCACUACAUAGACGAGCUGUGGAAUGAAGUCAACUACGACUUAGACACCCAGCACUUUAGCAGAGUAGAACUCCACGAUUUUCUGGUGUUCGCCGACAGCAACAAGGAUGGAACUAUUACUCGACAUGAAUAUGUUACGGCCGCCACAAAGGAUGCGCAUGACCUAACCGAUUUCACCAAUGGUUUGUUUAACACCUUCGACGCUAAUGGAGACCACCAUCUGACUUUGUCUGAUACUACGGCUCUCUAUAACAGGAUGGACGCUGACGGAGAUGCAUUAAUAACGAAACCAGAAUUCUAUAGCUUUUGGACAGCAGUAUUGACAUCGCUUGCCCACACUCACGGCCAUGGACACCUGCUUGGUUAA